AAAGGAGGUGGAUGGGAGUGGUUAGAGGAGAGGGAGGGAAAAUAAAGUACAACCUUUGCCGUUACCAAGGCAACUUGAUGUCACAGUGACAUCACGCACCACUAAAAGCUUUUAACCGGAUUCCUCUCCCGCCUUAGGCCCCAUUUUGAGUCCUCUUUCAGCUAGGCUAGGGGGAAGGGCACAGGCAGGACGGCGUGUGUGCCUGGUUGCUUUUAUCACUCCCUCACUGCAGAUUCAUCACAGCUCUCAGCACAGUAAAAGACUUUCAAAAUCACCCACUAAAGAUCCUGUUUCUGCAAACCCAGCCAGCACAGGCCAAGAGAAAGCAUUUUAAAAAAAUGGCAACAGAGGAUGGUUUCAACUAUCUCAUGGCAGGUCACAAUGAGAAACACAGGCGGGCCCCGAACUGGACCGACGGUGAAAUGAAAGCCCUCCUGUACGUGUGGGAGGAACACCACAACGAACUGAAAAUGAGCAAGAGGAACGCCAAGGUUUACGAGAAGAUGUCCCAGAGGUUUUUCCAGCUGACUGGAGAGCAGCGUUUCAAAGAGGAGAUCAAGAUGAAAAUCACCAACAUGUCAUUUCAGUACAGGAGACUGAAAACUGUAGUUGGUGAAAGUGGGGAGACGCCGGACUGGCCGUAUUAUAAGGCCAUUGAGAAGAUCCUCUCCAAGCCGCUGGAGAACGGGCGGGUGACCUCUUUGGAGUUCCAGGCUUCUGUUGGUCCAUCUACUUCCUCACAGUCUACAGACAACCUGGUGCCCCAGUCAGAAGAGGGGAUACUGGGAUUUCUGCCUGAGUACACAGGUUCCUCAGAUGAGAUGGAGAUAAAACAAGAGCUGGACUCUUUGAGCUCUGACAGUGAGCACACACUGGGCUCCAGCUCUCACCCUACUUCAGCAAGAAAAAGACAUGCCAACAAGCACCUGUCCAUGAAGAGAAAGAAACUGCGAGUGAUGCAGGCCAUGUUCCAGCAACAAAAAAGGUCGAGCCGGGCCAUAGAGGAGACGUGCAGGGAGGUCCGCCGAGUCAUGCACCAACAGAACCUCCUCCAGGUCCAGUGCCUGCAGCUGCAGGAACGUAUGAUGAACCUUCUGGAGAAGAUGAUCCAGCCUCCCUCCGCCAUGUCAGCAUAAUGGUGUCAGAUUGGGGUCAAAGAUCCAGUGAAGCCAUGACAUGUGAGAGUUAUAGUCUGGGAGAGAUUAUUGUCUUGCCUCACCUAUAGCCUUGUUGAAGCAAGAAUAAAGCAUAUUUAUUUUGGAUUUCAGUUUGACAUGGAACAUUUUAAGGUUUUUUGUGUUGCAUAGCCUAUCUCACAGCUUAGCUCCUAUCAGUGCAGAGACGGCUUAUAGAGGUAAAAAAAAUUGCUGUUACAAUUUUUUAAGGUGUCAUCAGCCUGAAUCUCAUUAAUAGAAGAUGACCAUUGUUAAUAAACAUAAUGACAUAUGCUGGCACUUUAGCAUCUAACGUGCGACAGGCCCCAAUGUGAGCCUUCAUUGUAGCGAUAGCUGUAUCAGCUGUCACUGUGGGAACAACAGGCUUGCAAAAACAGUCAUUUUGUCACCUCUUUUUUUCACUGUGCCAGGAUAAUUACAAAUUGCAACGUUUGAUGCCAAAACAGGACAAUUUGCAUUUUGAACCAGAGGAUGAGGCAAUAAUCCCUGCUGUUAUUGAAGUAAUUGGAGGGAAUCUGUAAACAAAUGGCAACAUAACCAACACAAAUUGCAUGUCCUUUUUGUGAUCAAUAGCAGCACAGCCAGUGUUGACAAAAACCUGCUGGCCUACCAUAUGCCACGUAUAAGAAAGAAUUGCUUCUUAACUUGAUUAUACAAUAUUAUACUGAUGUG